CUCAUGCUAAUGUAAACAAAUAUUAUAUUCCUAGAUUUAUAUUUAAAAGAUGUUUAUCAGAUAGUGUUCUUCUGCUGAUGAGACUAACAUCUUGAAAUAAAUAUUUAUCUAAAUGUCCAUAGUCGAGUAUUAACGAGAGUGGGAUAUCGUUAAUGCAUCGACGAACAUGGAGGUGGAAUAUUGGAGGCAAAAAGCUCAAAUCAGAUGGCUAGACAAGGGAGACUCUAACACCAAACUCUUCCAAGCUUUUGCAAAGGGAAAAAGAAAGAAGCUUCAAAUUUCUCACAUCAUUGAUGGGAAUGGCAAGGGACUCAAUAACAUGGAUGACAUCAAACAAGAAGCUAUCAGACACUUUCAGAACCAAUUCCAAGCUCCAGCAACUUCCAUUCCUGAUUUGGGCAAUAUUCUGCCCUUUAUCCCUCCUCUCAUCUCCAAUGAAGACAACCUAUUUCUCACUAAGCUCCCAGAUUUGGCUGAGGUAAAAGCAACCGUUUGGGACCUGGAUCCUGACAGCGCAAGUGGCCCGGAUGGCUUUAAUGGUAAUUUUUUUAGGGCUUGUUGGGAUAUAAUCCAACAGGAUGUUCUCACUGCCUCUCAAGAAUUUUUUCUAGGCCUCCCAAUUCCAAAAGGAUAUGGCAGUACCCUCAUCACCUUGAUUCCCAAGAAAGAAGAUCCAAAAUGGUUUGAUGAUUUUAGGCCCAUCUCCCUCUCAACUUUUCUCAGCAAAAUUAAUACUAAACUCCUUGCCAACAGACUUAAAAUGCUGCUCCCCAAACUCAUCUCACCAGAACAAGGAGCAUUCCAGAAAGGUAAGUCCAUUGAUGACCAUAUUCUCCUUGCUCAAGAAGCCAUACAUGGACUAGACAGAAAGGUUUUUGGGGGUAACCUUCUCAUCAAAAUAGACAUGGCAAAAGCUUUUGACUACAUGAACUGGAGCUUUCUUGAGGGCACUCUUGGAAAGUUUGGUUUCUCUCAAGUUGCCAGCAAUCUGUUAAUGGCAAACCUCAGGAGCUCCUUCAUUUCUGUCCUCAUCAAUGGUGAACCUCACGGUUUCUUCCCCAUGACCAGAGGAGUUAAACAGGGCGAUCCCCUCUCUCCACUUCUUUUCAUUCUAGGGUUUGAAGCUUUCUCCAGAUACCUAAACCACUCCAUUGAGAGCAACACUAUCAAGCGUUUCAACUUGGGAAGUGUUAGGAUGCCCAGCCAUCUCAUUUACGCAGAUGACUUGAUGAUCUUUACAAAAGGGGACAUCCUCAACCUUCUUAAACUUAACCAAAUUCUAAAAGUUUUUAUGCAGGCUUCAGGGUAGCAGAUAAACUUUUCAAAAAGCAGAUUCUACACUCCAAAAUCCACCACUGCGGAUCAACAACUCAAGAUGGAAAAAGCCCUGUCCAUGAAGUGUGGAAGCCUCCCCUUUACCUACUUGGGAGCCACCUUACGUAGAGGUAUUCUCAAAAAAGAAGACUGUGAUUC